AUGACAAUGGUACCAUUGGUUAAUGAAAUUAGAAUGUUCGCCCAUAGCUUUAUUUCCAUCUCAAGUGGUGUUGUAAUUUCACUAAUAUUGUUUAUUAGUGAAGCAAAUGGAAUCACCAAUUGGUCGUCUAAUCAAUGUGCUCAAUAUAAUCAUGAAUGUGAUCCUCACUCUCUGCAUCCAUGCUGUGGUUCAAUCCUUUCAUGCAAGCUAAAGGAAUCAACAAACGAGUUUAUCUGUGGGGAAAAAACCAAACUAGGAGCCUCUUGCGUCUCAGAUGUAGACUGUAAUGAAAUAACGCACGCGAAAUGCUCUAGGGAGAAGAAAUGUGUUUGCAGAGCGAAUAAUCUCAGAUUUAGCGAAACAUACUGUGCGCCGUUAUUGGGAGAAUUUUGUUGGAAGAACGAGACAUGCGUAACUAGAAAUAGUCUGUGCAUUGAUAAUGAGUGUCGGUGCAGGGAAAACUACUCAGCAAGCGACGGUCACUGCUUACCAGUUGUCGGAAGCUUGCGUUGCAGUUAUGAUAGCGAUUGUGCUAGAAUAAGAUUUGCAAAAUGCUCGAAAAAUAAUAAUUGCGUUUGUUCACUCAAUACAGCUGUUAUAAACAACACUACAUGUGAAUCACUGUUGGUUAAUUACUGUACGACACAUAGCGAUUGCCAACCCAUUAAUUCGAUAUGCAAGAACAAUAAAUGUCAAUGUAUGCCAAGAUACGUCGCUGUCAACGGCAAUCAAUGCAUACAAUCUCAUUUAGGAAUGUCCUGCACUAAUGAUGAUUUUUGCAAAGAUAGUUACCUAGUGAACCAAGGGGCAUAUAUAUCAUCAUUGGACACGAUUUACCCACCUCGUGAUGAGUGUAGAGUUAAAAAUGCUAAUUGCCUUUAUAAUACUUGUUGGUAUAACUCUACAAAAGGCUUCUCGGGUAAAUUCUGCACUCAAGACGAAAAUUGUUAUGGGUCAUUGAUUGGAGAAGGUUGUAGCGAUGAUAAGGAUUGUCAACCUUACUUCUCCAGGUGUUUUCACGGUAGAUGUCAAUGUAAAGACGACUAUAGUUUCUAUUCGAUAUAUAAUUGCAGGCCAAAGUUUUUAGAUCAAGAUUGCAGAGAUAAUGCGGAUUGCAGCGCGAUAAUAAAUGCAGAAUGUAAAAAUUUUAAGUGCGCAUGCAAAAUAAACUACGGAAAAUUUGAUGAAAUGGCUUGUUUUUCCCUUCUGGGAAACAGUUGCACGAUAAAUACCGAAUGUAUUGUCAAUAACUCAGUUUGUUCUGAUAAAGUUUGCAAAUGCCGUAAAGAUUAUAUGCCACUAUCCAAUCACAAGUGCCUUUCGAAAAUCUUGAAACAAGAAUGUAUAACUGAUUAUGAUUGCCAAACAAUUGAAUUUUCAUACUGCUCUGAACAAAGUAGGUGUACUUGCAAUCAAAACUAUGUUGCUUUAAAUGAAACAAAGUGUGCAGCCCUUUUAGGCGAAUAUUGUUCAGAUGAUAAUCCUUGUUGGGGAGCAAACACACUGUGUCACGAUAAUAAGUGCAACUGCAAACAACAUUAUAAAGAUAAUUUUAAUUAUCAAUGUGUCCCUUCAGUGUAUCUCGGAGAAUCAUGUGAAAAUAAUGAUGACUGCAUGAUGAUACAGCAUGCCCAGUGUUCUACGAACAAAAAAUGUUUUUGCCAAGAAGCAUACAUCGCAGUCAACGCCAGAGCAUGUAAAGCUCUUUUAGACGCAUUGGGCAAACAAUGUAACGAACUGGAAGAUUGUUCAAUUAUUUUGAAUUCUGUAUGUUCAUCAAAUGGCAUUUGUAUUUGUGCUCCAAACUAUUUUGCAUUUAGCAAAUAUCUUUGUGUGCCAACAAUCAAUUCACAUUGUUCUAGCGAUAAAGAAUGCAUGUCUGGUGGAUUCCGUUGUGUGGAUAGUAAGUGUCAAUGCAUACAUGGUUACACUGCCAUUUCCGCUGACAGAUGCGUAAAAACGAAUUCACUGUAUUCUUGUAACGAAACUUCUGAGUGCAGUGAUUCUUGGCAUUGGAAUUGUGCUUCAAAUGGAAAAUGUGUCUGUCAUCUGGAUAAUUUUGCACUAAAUAAUUCGACAUGUCUUCCUUUACUCAACGGCUAUUGUUGGAAGGACAAUCAAUGCUUGGCUGAAAACUCUGUUUGCAUCGAUUACCGAUGUGGAUGUAAUCCUAAUCAUGUACAAGCUGCUAGCAAUCUUUGCCACGCGAAAUGCUCUACAGAGAAGAAAUGUGAUUGCAGAGCGAACAAUCUCAGGUUAAACGAAACAUACUGUGCGCCAUCAUUGGGAGGAUUGUGUUGGAAGAACGAGACAUGCGUAACUAGAAAUAGUCUGUGCAUUGAUAAUGAGUGUAGGUGCAGGAAAAACUACUCAGCAAGCGAAGAUCAAUGCUUACCAGUUAUCGGGAGCUUGCGUUGCCGUUAUGAUAGAGAUUGUGCUAGAAUGAGAUUUGCAAAAUGCUCGAAAAAUAAAUAUUGCGUUUGUUCACUCAACACAGCUGUUAUAAAUAACACUUCAUGUGAAUCACUGUUGGUUAAUUACUGUACGACACAUAGCGAUUGCCAACCCAUUAAUUCGAUAUGCAACAACAAUAAAUGCCAGUGUAGGCCAGAAUACGUCGCUGUCAACGGCAAUCAAUGCAUACGACCUGAAUUAGGAAUGUCCUGCACUAAUGAUGAUUUUUGCAAAGUUUUAAUCAGCAAUACAAUAUGUACUGAAAAUAAAACGUGUAUUUGUGAUCAGGAUAGUUACCUAGUGAACCAAGGAGCAUAUAUAUCAUCAUUGGACACGAUUUACCCACCUCGUGAUGAGUGUAGAGUUAAAAAUGCUAAUUGCCUUUAUAAUACUUGUUGGUAUAACUCUACAAAAGGCUUCUCGGGUAAAUUCUGCACUCAAGACGAAAAUUGUUAUGGGUCAUUGAUUGGAGAAGAUUGUAGCGAUGAUAAGGAUUGUCAACCUUACUUCUCCAGGUGUUUUCACGGUAGAUGUGAAUGUAAAGACGACUAUAGUUUCUAUUCGAUAUAUAAUUGCAGGCCAAAGUUUUUAGAUCAAGAUUGCAGAGAUAAUGCGGAUUGCAGCGCGAUAAUAAAUGCAGAAUGUAAAAAUUUUAAGUGCGCAUGCAAAAUAAACUACGGAAAAUUUGAUGAAAUUGCUUGUUUUUCCCUUCUGGGAAACAAGUGCACGAUAAAUACCGAAUGUAUUGUCAAUAACUCAGUUUGUUCUGAUAAAGUUUGCAAAUGCCGUAAAGAUUAUAUGCCACUAUCCAAUCACAAGUGCCUUUCGAAAAUCUUGAAACGAGAAUGUAUCACUGAUUACGAUUGCCAUACAAUUAAAUUUUCAUCCUGCUCUGAACAAAGUAAGUGUACUUGCAAUCAAAAAUAUGUUGCUUUAGAUGAAACAAAGUGUGCAGCGCUUUUAGGCGAAUAUUGUUCUGAUGAUAAUUCUUGUUGGGGAGCAAACACACUGUGUCACGAUAAUAAGUGCUGCUGCAAACAACAUUUUAAAGAUAAUUUUAAUUAUCAAUGUGUCCCUAGUAAGUAUAUGUUUGCUUAUUUAUUAUUUAUUAUUUUUGACGGUAAUAUUUCAACCAGUGUAUCUCGGAGAAUCAUGUGA